AUGGCCGCUCAGUCUGAUGGAGGGGGAUGGGGAGGAACGGGGGAGGGUGUGGGGGAGGGGGUGUUUGAUGGAGACACAGAGGGAGACUGUCAGCCUCUGGAAUCUGCAGCCAUUCACAUCUGUCUCUGUUGCCAAUCUGCUGUCUGCUAUUGGGGCUGUCGCUCCAACUGCCUGGGAAACCUGCUGGGGGAGGACACUACUGGAGGAAUUGGAGGGACCGGAGUUGGCAGGGGUAACGAUUUAAGGGAGACUCGCUGCCCGCCAGAGGAGGGCCUGUGGCUGGACUGCCUCUGGCUGAUCCUGGCUCUUCUCGUCUUCUUUUGGGAUGUGGGAACAGACCUACUUCUCGCUGCGGACUACUACACCAGACAGGACUAUCUGUGGUUUGGUCUGACGCUUUUUCUUGUACUGGUGCCGUCGAUGGUAGUUCAGAUCCUGAGCUUCCGCUGGUUCAUCCAGGACUACAGCGGAGAGUGUCUGACAACCUGGCUGGGGACAGUGGACUGCAGCAAGGGAGGAGAGAGAGAAAAGCUGACUAGGCGAGGUCCAGCCGAACAAAGAUGGAUUUAUCCCGGGACAGACCGGGUCAGAGUGGCCUCAGUGUGGCUGUGGCAGAUCACCAUACACAUUCUACAGCUGGGACAGGUCUGGAGGUAUAUCCGUACGUUGUACCUGGGUAUCCAGUCCCACCGUAUGAAGGAGCUUAAGGAGGCCCAGAGGAGGUUCUACUGGGCCAUGAUGUUUGAGUAUGCAGACGUCAACAUGCUGCGGCUACUGGAGACCUUCCUGGAGUCAGCUCCUCAACUAGUACUACAACUCUGUAUUAUGAUACAGCAGAACCGGGCUGAGACUCUACAGUGUAUAUCUAGUCUAGGCUCUCUUCUGUCUCUAUCCUGGGUGUUGGCUUCGUACCACAAGCUCCUGCGUGACUCCAGGGACGACCAGCGCAGUCUGAGUUACCGCGGUGCCCUUCUCCACCUUCUCUGGCGCCUCUUCACCAUCUCCUCCCGCGUUCUCUCUCUCGCCCUCUUCGCCUCCCUCUUCCACCUGUACUUUGGCAUCUUUGUGGUACUCCACUGGUGUGGCAUGGCACUGUGGGUGGUGCAUGGAGGAACAGACUUCUGUAUGUCUCGCUGGGAGGAGGUGCUAUUUAACAUGGUGGUAGGGAUCGUCUACAUCUUCUGUUGGUUCAACGUCAAGGAGGGACACACCAGGGGACGCAUGGUUGCUUACUACUCUGUGGUACUGGCUGAGAAUACACUUCUCACUGGACUGUGGUAUGUGUAUCGUGACCAUGCAGACACAGACAACUACGCGGUGCCAGCGCUGUGUGGUGUCUACCUGUCCUUUGCGGGUGGAGUACUGGUGAUGCUUCUAUACUACGGCCUUCUCCACCCCUCACACACACACCCCACCCCGGCCUCAACCUGCUGUGACGAGCUGCUGUGGGGUAACCCCCUGCCCCCCUCCGCCACGCCAACCCCAGCCCAUCUGGCCACCCCUUCCCACAGUGAUGACGUCAUAGCAGACAGCUGUCUGCCGGUGUUCCAGGUGCGUUCAGAGCCCCCCACCUCACACCAUUUCGAGGGUCCUCUGAUAAAGAUUGACAUGCCUAGGAAACGUUACCCGGCCUGGGACGCUCACUACGUGGACAGACGUCUGCGAAGAACCAUCAACCUACUGCAGUACCUGACACCUACAGCCGCAGGCAUUCGAUACAGGGACAGAUCUCUGCUCUAUGAACUACUGCAGUACGAGUCUUCUCUCUGACACACAUAUACAUAUACAUACAGUUGAAGUCGGAAGUUUACAUAUACUUAGGUUGG